CCGACAAAAAACAGCAGAAGAAGAAGACGAACUUUGACAGCAAACGAGAAAAACUACUUCCGCAUUAGGAAGCCUUGGGUAAAACAAGGUUCAGGCACUUCAUCCUGUGAUCAUCCUGGGUCCUCGCACUUGUAGCGCCUUCAUCGUGAAACAAUGGACGACUCCAUCAUGUUAUCGGAUGAUUCCUCCAUUGGGGAUGCCGUUUCUGGCAGGGGAGAUGGGGAGGAAUUCAUUGAUGAGGAAGAUCUUUACUAUAUUCCUGAGAGGAGACCGUCUCUGGACCUGGAAGAAACGCCAAUGGACACCAGCAACUGGCAUUAUGUGGAGCAGGCUUUGAGUCCAGCUCAGAGCUACAAGUCACUGACCAGUGAUGACCCAGAAGAAAAGGAAGACAUGGAGGGAUCCUCAACAAGGGUCCAGCUGGAAAGAGCUGAUUCGUUUUCCAGCUGCUACUCCGUUGACAGCAAUGACUGUGAAAAGAUCAUUCCCAGGGAAAGAAGCAAAGAUGAAACCAAAGAAUCCUCCAACAAGCUGGAAUUAAUCCAAGAACCAGAGGAGAUCAAGCAUCCGUCCCUGACGCUGAAAUUCACUUUUACGGCUCUGUGUGACACCCUGAAGCAGCUGCAGGUGGACUUUUCGAUCUUUAAGUGGAAGCUGUGGACUUAUUACCCACAGCCUUUCAGUGCCUCUCAAAGCAUGGACCUUGUGGAUCUGGUGGACCGACUCCUGGAGACCUUCACCUGCGAAAUGUCUAUACAGAUAACCCGAACUAUUCUGGUCAGCCUCGAUAAUAACUACCUAUCCGACUAUUUGAAGACCCUGUGCAUAAAAAAUCAAGUGCGUUAUGAACUAGCUGGUGCUCUGCAGAGGAAGUUUUGUGAGGAACCCAUCAUGGAAGGAGAAACAAUGCCCAUGGAUGACCUCUACACAGACUUCCUCAUUGUAGGAGACACUGACAAUGGCCCAAAUAUUGAACAUGAAGUGUUGAAUAUACCCCAGCUGAACACUAAGAAGAAGCCAGACCCACCGGUUCCUUUUGCAGAAACUCUCAGCAAGAAGAAGUCCCGCCGCACCGGUGCAAGGAUGGUGUUCCUCCAAGGAGUGGCCGGAUCAGGGAAGUCCGUUUUUGUCAAAAAGCUAGUCCGCGACUGGUCUCUGGAGCGAUCACACCAGCAGUUCCUCUUCGUCUUCCCUCUGACAUUCAGAGAGUUAAAGGAGUAUGACGAAGGACAAGUCUCCCUGCGGGACAUCAUAGAGAAGCUUUACCCAGAGACGGUGAAGCUGAGGGAGAAUAAGUUAAAGCUGGAGGAUGAAAAAGCCUUGAUUAUCUUUGAUGGUCUAGAUGAGUACGACACCGACUUCAACUUUAAUGAAACCGAAAUCCACUCUGACCCCACCGAUCCCAUCAGCCUGCAUAUCAACGUGGUGAACAUGCUCAGAGGGAGGCUUAUCAACCGCUCCUGGUGCCUGAUUACAACCCGACCUCAGGUCUACCCCUACGCCCCGUGGGACGGCCACUACGAUCGGCUAGAACUAAGAGGCUUCAGCGACGCCAACAAGGAAGAGUACUUCCACAAGAGGUUCAAGGACCCGAAUCAGGCAGCCAGAGUCAUUGAGUAUGUCAAGUCAUUAAAAACUCUCCACAUCAUGUGCUAUCUGCCCAUGUUCUGCAAAAUGGUUGCAGAUGAGUGUCAGCGCAUCUUUAGGGAGAAGGGAGCAGCAGCGGAACUCCCCAGGAGCAUCACGUAUAUGUACACCAAGCUCCUGCUGAAGCUCAUCUAUCAGCUUCGCAAGGAAAGAAGGAAAGCUCCGAAUCGCAGCAAGGAGGAAGAGGAGGCGUUCCUUCUGGAGAUGGGGAAACAAGCUUUUACCAUGUUGGAAAAGGGCAAGUUCAGCGUUCUCCGGAGGAACUGGCCUCAAGGUACGUCCCUGGAGGCGGUGGUUUUCAGCGGCAUUUGUGAACAGUUCACAACAACCCCACAGGUGCUGUUCGACGAGGACGUGGUGAGUUUCCUGCACCCCACCAUGCAGGAGUACCUGGCUGCUCUUUAUGCGUUCCUCUCAUACACAAACCACGAGAAGAACAUUUUCAGCAACGGUGUGAAAUCCUUGUUUUCCAAAGGAGGAAAAAUCAUGGAUGUCUACAAGGCAGCGGUGGAAAAAAGCCUGCAGUGUGAAGAUGGCCAUCUGGAUUUGUUUUUGCGUUUCCUCUUCGGGAUGGCGAGCAAAACCAACCAAGAACUUCUUCAGCCGUUACUUAAGCCUUCAGCGAAGUUGGGAGAUUUAUCGAAAGACUGCGCGUCUGUCAUCAAGAAGGCCAAAGAAACGCCGUAUCCGGAUCGUAAAACCAACCUGCAGCGCUGCCUGGAGGAGUCGGGCUUUAAACUUUGACUUGGCUCCAAGUCAAACUGGUUCCAGUAAACAGCCGACUAUGCAAGGAGUUGAACAUUUUAGCAUAUAAUAGAUGAAAACAUGGAUAAAACACACUAAUGCAGGCUACGCUUGCUUAUUUAUGUUGUUAAGGAGCAAAUAAGGAGAAGCUGCUAGAAUAAAAUUCAUCUUAGACACUAUCAACAUAUUCGGAGGUCAUGGCCCGUUUUAAUAAAGAUCCCUGAGACUAAAGGAAGCUCCAAGUGAUGUCAUUUUAGGAAAAAAGCUUUAAACUUUUACCUUGAUAAGAUAAAAGUUCCUCCCAGAGGAUCCAGGGCCUUAGAGAGGCCCUCUGCUGCAGGGCAGGGCGCCACCAUCUUUACAAUACAAGAAAAUACAAGUGGUUUGCUAUUUCAGCUGAAUUUUAAAUGUUUUUAGUUUCAUUCUUCAUUUAAAAACUUAAUGCAAUUGAAAGGUUUAAUUUAAACUCCAAUUUCAACUUUUUUACACAAAGCUUUUCGUACAGAUGUUUAAACACUGCUCUUUUUACAUGGCUGUUUAGAUUUUGCCCAAUAAAAUUAAAUCAAACCUAAAAGAACCAAAGUUGACCAAGGAAACUUAAUUUAAAUAUCCUCGGUUUAUCCCCUGUUCUAAAGGUUAAUCUUAAUCCUAAUUUUGGAUGAGAAACCUAAACCGAAGGUCAAUUAAUUUAAUACAUAUUUGUUAAAAGUCAUGUUGGGUCCGACUUCUAUUUUAGGACCAUCCUCUGGUGCUGACCAGCAUUAGUCGCAGAAACGGCGGCAGGACGUUACUCUUCAGUAUCUUAAGUGGAAAAAAUGUUAGGUCUAUAGUAGAGAGGAUAGAGGAAACAUAAACAGUAUAAUAAUGAGAACAAAUAUUGAGAGUUGAUCAACUUUUUCAUCCACUUUGGUGGAGAUGAGUUUAGCAGCUGGAUGGGUUAAAUGGGCAACGUCUAGUUAUGUCAUUUUAUCAAAGGUAAACAAAUAGAAGGAUAAAUAUAAAUUUUGAAUCAAAUAUAGAAAAUGUUAGAGGAAUAAAAUACUUUGUGGUAUUGCAGACUAAAACUUUCUCAGUGAUAAAGUUUCACCUAUUAUUUAGGUCAAACUAAAACUUUUUCACUUGAGGAGUUCUGGAUAGAGCAUACGGACAGAUAAGUGUGUGUGUGUGUGUGUAUAUAUGUAUAUAUAUAUACAUAUAU